GUGGCGUAGUCUGUUUUAUUUCUACAGUCCCAGUUUCUUAUUCUCCUUGUGGCACUGCUAGUUCACGAGAUGAUGUUGGUAUUAUUGGUGAUCGCUCUUCUGGCACCGAGCCAAGUGUUUGGUCUCGAGGGUUGCAGUUCCGGAGACACUGCGUUUAUGUGCAAGAAUCUAAAUGUUUGCUGGACAGCACUUGGUUUUGCAAGCAGAGACGAUCUUAAGUAUCUCUGUGAGAUUCAAGGAUUUACCUACGAUGACGAAGGCGGCUCAGGAAGCCAGGAUGAUAGCUUUGUUGUCAUAACAACCCCACCAAGAAACCUGACCGUAGCCGAGGGUACGGCAGCUGCGUUCAGGUGUUCUGCUGAUAACGCUCUUAGGAUUGUCAUUAUCAAGAAUAACGAGUUAAACAAGAAGCGACUACAAGAUAACAUGAACGAGGGUAAUCCCACACAACAAACCACCAUACAAGAGAUAGACGCUGCUUUUUACGAACACGAAGGCUGGUACACGUGUACAGCUUACGGUGUAGGAGGCACCAGUGUUUCAAGUGAGGCGUAUCUAGAAAUAAGAGAUAUCUGUGGUGGUGCUGACUGCCAGGACCCAAAGAUCUGUGAACCCGACGCGUACACCGGCGAAUACGAGUGUGUGUGUCCGGGCGACUGUGACGCUCAGUUCGAUCCAGUGUGUGGCAGUGACUGUGCUAGUUACUUUAACGAGUGCACUCUUAAGAAGGAGACGUGUGAGAAGGGGCUGGUUGGGGUCACUGUGGCAAGCAGGGGACUGUGCUCCUUCUCUCCAACUGCUCCUCAGAUAAGAACAUCACCUUCUGACGCAGAAUACAAACGAGGCUCCGACUUGAACCUGGAAGCCUCGGCUACUGGUACUCCUGAACCGUCCUACGUGUGGUUCGCGAAUGGUGUGCAGGUUGGGGAGGGGAACGUGUUCACUGGGACUAUGAAGUCUAACUUUCAGGGAGACUGGGAGGUGAAAGCUGCUAACUGUCACGGCUCUUUUGAGACAGCCGCUUCUUUCAGACUGAGUAUGGUGACUGAUGAGGACCUUACCCCACCUGAUGAUCAGUGUUGUAAAGUAUACGGUGACCCCCACAUCCUUACAUUUGACGGUAAAGCGUACGACUACAUGGGUAUCGGAACAUUUGUGAUAGCUCAACACGAGGAGGGACUAUGGGUGGUGUACGGGAACUUUGAGGCUUGUGGGGAUAAGACAAAGCAGCUGUCAUGUGUUACCAGUAUUACUGUGUUUUACGAGAACGAGAAAGUUCAGUUUCUGAGAAUGUGGCGGAUAAACAAUAAUGGGAAGGAGUUUAUGGUACCUCUAGGCGGAUCUAGAUACAUAGGUGGCAUCUUCAUUGAGAACAUAGACUUGAAAUACGUUGCGACUCUAGGGAGCACUGGAGUUAAAGUCAAGUGGGACGGAAUUGUUACAAGCCAGGUAUGCGUGUCUAAAUGCGCUGGAAACACUGGAGGACUGUGUGCUAACGCUAAUUGUGACGCGGGAGAUGAGUUUCUCUCGAGAGGCUUCAUGAACCCAUACACUGGCAGUUGGGCUGCUGCUUCCAGUUCCGAGUUCGGCAACAGUUGGGCUGUUGAUCCUGAUACUGCAGUAAUGGAACCAGAGGAUGGUGCCCUCCCUAUCUAUAGAGAUAGGCCCUGUGAUGCUGUGCCAGCUGAAGAGAGAUCUGCAGUUGAAGCUAGAUGUAACGCAAUCAUGAACCUCGGGGACUUCAAUAUUCUCGCAGAAGGCAACGUGGUCGACUCAGAGAAGAUUCUAGCAAACUGUUACUUUGACGGGUGUGCCGGGCUGGUGUUUGGAGCUGGGUGUAAGACUACUGGAGAUGGUUCCUGUACUGCGGAGAUUGAGGACCUUAUUGCUGCUGCUAUAGCUGCAGGUAUGAGCAUGGCAGAAGCUAUAGCAAAGUACGGUAGUCAGGGUCUAGACUCAGCCUGCAUGAUGGGAAUGGAGCUGGCAGGGGAGCUGGAGAGGUGGGGUGUGGAUAUAGGGAGCGGGUGGAGGGAGCAGGUGAGCCCGCCGUGUCCGGGGGAUCAGGAGAUAGCUGCUAUGAAGAUAUGUCCUACUUAGUGGGGAGGCUGUUUGGCGGAGAGGAGAGUUAGAGGUGGAGGCAGGUUUGUGAAGAUAUUAGAGACAGUGGGGGUUAAUGGAGGUGAUCGGUUAAUGCAAUAAUGCAGUCAUGGUUUUAAAACGGCCGUUCAUUCGAAAUGAAGCUCGUAAUCUUUUUGUGUGAUGUUUUCAUAUUUUUAGAAUUUUAGAAUUGUUGACCAAGUUUUCAAGUUUUGCUUACACCAUUUUUGAUACAAUUGUAUGGAUAACACUUGAGAUUUGAUAAUAUAAAAUUGUUAAAAAUGUAUUUUUACUAGUUUACUUACAGAAAAAAUGUGUUUAUAAAUAAAAGCCAUGAUUAGACUUUACAAUUUAUGAACCAAUAAAUUAAUAUUCAAGCACACAAUUUGUUCAUU